CCUCUAUUAAAAAUUAUCGGAAAUCAGAAUAGAAUUUCAGUAUUAAACGCACAAAAAUUAAAAAAGGCUAAGCCAGCUGACUAAAGCGCUAUCCAGAUCCUAUAAUCUGAGCCUCAUUCGGGAAGAGAACAAAGAAGGGGAUUUCCCAGCUAAAAAGCAAAGAAAACAGCUGCGGCAGCGGCAUUUGGACGAGGAAAAAAGGGCAGCCUUUAAAAGAGGAAACAAAUGAAGGUUUAUCUGCCUGGAAACCAGAUUUAAAUCGACUGGCCAGGGAACUUAUAUCACUUCCGAAAGGCAGAACCGAAAAACGUCGCAAAAAUGAAACUGAAACGCUGGCGGCACAAGCGUAAAUAGUUACUUACCCACAGAUAACCGGAGGGGAAAGACAUCGUUUUGGGAUAUAUUUGAAAAGCAAGCUGAAAAUCAUGCUAGGUCGCACGCAGAAACUCGUGUUGGGCAUAUCAAUACUGAUACUAGUCGAUGUGGUUUGGGUCUCCUCCAGCGAGCUGACAAAGUUUCUCUACAAUGAGGCCAACUUUGACAAGCCCUUCUUCUGCACAUACUUUAAGACCUCCAUGUUCAGCAUUUACCUGCUAGUCAUUGGCAUCCUGGCUCCCUGGAAAGAGUCCUGCGAGCGUCAAAAUGGAAACUAUGCUAUGAUGGAGCAGAAUGCAGACGACGAGAAUUAUUACUCCAAUCAGGCUGUUUUGGGUGACCCCACCUAUGUGCCCAUCAGAUCGCCCCAUCUGGCUGCCCCUGCCACCAAUGGCACCUCGAACUCCCUCUCCGGCACCGAAAGCGAUGACUCCAGUGUGCGGAGUGUGCGCUUCAGCAAGAUGGCCGAGGUCAGGGAGAUGUCCGCCCACGAAGCCACCGACGCCUUGAUGGCCAGGCUCUCGUAUGCCGCCAGCUUGAGGAUUAGGCGGCAGAAGACCCACCACAAGACGGCCAAGACGGCCCUGCUCUUUUGCCUGCUCUGGUUCGUGGCCAACUACUUCUUUCAGUUGGCCCUGGAAAUGGACGAGACGGCCAUGAUAACGUUGGUCAGCUCAACGUCGUCGUUCUUCAUCAUCUGCCUGGCGGCCGUGUUUCCCUCGGCGUCGGGCGACAAGCUGACCAUCACCAAGGUGAUUGCGGUGGCCAUGAACAUUGGCGGCGUGGUGGCCAUCACCAUGAACGACCUGCAUGACACCAAGAUGACGCGAGGCGUCCUUUUGGCCCUCUUCAGUGCUUUCUUCUAUGCCGCUUAUUUGGUUUUCGUGAAGCGAAAAAGCGAUACGGAGGAAAAGGUCGAUAUACCUUUGUUCUUCGGUUUUGUGGGUCUGUGGAAUCUGUUGCUAUUGUGGCCGAUAUUCUUUAUUCUCCACUUCACCAAAAUCGAAAGCUUUGAGCUGCCCAGCCAGGGGCAGUUUGCCCUUCUAUUCCUCAAUGGAUUAAUUGGCACUGUGCUGGCCGAGGCUCUGUGGCUGUGGGGCUGCUUCUUGACCUCCUCCCUGAUUGGCACGCUGGCCAUGUCGCUGCAGAUUCCGCUGGCCAUCAUGUUCGAUGUCCUGCUCAAGAACAAACCGUAUUCGCCCAUGUUCUAUAUGGGCUCGAUACCCAUAUUCGUGGCCCUGGUUUUCGUUUCCCUGCUGAUGCGAAACGACGACUCCGAUCCGCUGAUGAAGCUGUUUAGGAUUGUAUAUAGAAAGGUCUGCCGGUGCCAUAAGCCAAGCAUUGUGAGGGUCAACGAUGACGAGCAACAGGAGUCGCUGAUAAGUGGCAGCGAUUAAAGGCUUCUCGCGCUUUUGGAAAACUUUGAAUGUUGCUCAUUGCAAUGCAAUCUAAAACUUGGCUGUUCACGAGUUCGUUUCGAAUCGUUCUUUAAUCUAUUGGGACAAGUCCUGCACAAUUCCCGAUUUGUGUUUCUCAUUUGUGCAUUUUCCGUUGGAUAUUAUUAUGUUGCGAUCUUACGUACAACUAUUUAUUAUAAUCUUACAAGUGUAUUCUCUGUAAAUAGCUUUAGCCCCCACGAAUACCGUUUAUCUAUGUGAUAGUCUACAACGUUUUGCUGAAGUCCACCUAUAAUUUAUUGUACUUUCUCGGUAUUCACACUGCGCUUAGCUGUAUAAUUGUUGACUUCUCAAUACAAGAUGAAUAUAAGGAAACAUAUACACAUAUUGGUAACUAAUAACAAUAAAUAAAACUUGUCUACCGUAAGCUUAAAAAAAUUCAAAAGUUGGCAGGAGGUUUGUAGACUAUAAGGUAAUGAUCACGCUGAACAUUCGGGUAGUGCGUCAUCAAAACCUCAAGCUUAACUGAUCAUCAACCCACAAUGAAUUUCAUGAUACAUCUUUAAGUGAGUCAGUUGUUUUAAUUUCAAAUGGAUUUUUGAAAUAAUUGUGACUAUUAUGAAAUCGUCACGGUGGAAUAAGAAGCACAUUUUAUUUUUAAUUUGUUUAGUAGUAAAAAUAAUAGUAGUCACAUUUUUAUAAC